CAAAACCCCGCCAUGGCUCUCUCUGCCCUCUCGGCUGCGCGCUCUCUUUCACGCUUUUUGGUUAAAAAUGGCAGGUAUAUCCAUGCCACCGUGCCUGCAGCUAGUUUUAAAAGCAGUGUAAGUCUAGAGAAGAUAUAUCCCGGAAGCGGACUCGAUAUGACGAGGAGCAUACAGCCUCCAAAGAGUGAAGGCAUUAAUUUUUCGGGCUACAUUCCUAUCGAACAGCUGCAAGUCUCUUACUCCCGCAGUAGUGGGCCUGGAGGCCAAAAUGUCAACAAAGUCAACACCAAAGUUGACCUACGUUUCCACGUGGCAACUGCAGAAUGGCUCACACAAGAAUUAAAAGAAAAAAUAGCUGAAAAAUACAAGAGCAGCAUAACAAGUGAUGGUUGCUUAUUGAUCCGCUCUGACAAAACACGGUCGCAGCAGCUAAACCUCGCUGAUGCCCUGGACAAGCUGCGGCAUAUAAUCCACACAGCUUCCUAUGUACCUCCGCCUCCCUCUUCUGAGGCUGUGGAACGACAACGAAGGAGACAUGAAGCUGCAGUACGUGAGCGUUUGAGGAAUAAGAGAGGCAGAUCACUGGUGAAGCAGAGCAGAAGAGGGCCAGAAUCUGAAUUUUAAAGUACAUGGAUUAAGGUUGUAUUGCAUUACAAAAAAGUGACACUUGAUAAGUAAUUGUACUCUAACCUUCACAGCUUCUUGGGAGAAAAUCAGACCACAUACUGCCGAAGACCUUGUUAAACAAUGUAUAAUACGGCUAGGGAAUUUAAGAAAUGAUAUUUAUUUCUAUUAUCAGUCUUUUAGAGAUAGUAGAUUAAAAAAAAUGUCCUGUGACUUUUUUUGAGAGCAGUAUGAAGGUAAACAAUGUAUGAAUAUUCAUAUAGUAUUCCUGCAGACAUUUGUAUAUACUUUAAAAUUAUAUUGAUUGUAAAAUAAAAUGUAAAGUUAU